UUUUGAGGGAUUUUUUAAUGGAUAGGGAUAUUUCUCAAGGUCAAGUUUAGAGGCGUGGCUUUAACAUGGAUAUAACUUCUUCAGUGUUGCCGAGGAGACGCGACAGGGACGGUUUGUGUUUUUAUUAGUGUGCCUUUCCGUUCCGUUGCAAUGAAGUUCCUGCAUGACGUGGCUCGUGUGGUGGUGCUGGCGGCGGCCGUGUCGUGCGUGAGCCUGGUCACCACGGUGGUGCUGAUGGCCCUGAUGGCGGCCGCGUCCUGGUUCUACUACCUCAAGAAUUUCAAAGAGGUCACCGGCAGCGAGGACCCGACGCCGCCGCCCCGCGCCCCAGUGUUCCAGCUGCACGAGGCGGUGGUGAUGCGCCAGUUGGUGCCGCCCGGGGAGAUCAACACCACCUGGGCAGACAUCGGCGGCUGCUGCGAGGUACUGCGACACAUCCGCGAACAGGUGAUCUACCCGCUGAUGUACGCGUGCUCGCACCGCUCCGAGCCGCUGCUCAUGAUGCCCAAGGGCGUGCUGCUGCACGGGCCGCCGGGCUGCGGCAAGACCCUCAUCGCCAGGGCUAUCGCCAACGAGGUGCAGACCAACUUCCUCAACAUCGACGUGUCCACCGUCAAGAACAUGUGGGUGGGCGAGACGGAGAAGAUGGCGGCGGCGAUCUUCUCCGUGGCCUACAAGAUCCAGCCCUGCAUCAUCUUCCUGGACGAGGUGGACACGUUGCUGAGCACGCGGAACAACGUCGAGGGCCCCGCCACCACGGGCCUCAAGGCCGUCUUCCUACAGAUGUGGGACGGCCUGCAGUCUGACGCCACGGCGCGCGUCAUGGUGCUCGCCGCCACGAACAGGCUGGAAGCCGUGGACGAGGCCUUCCUGCGCCGCUUGCCGCUGCAAUUCGAGGUGAACAAGCCGUCCGCCGAGGGCCGCUACGCCAUCCUGAGCAUUCACCUGCAGGAAGUGACGCUGGCCGCGGACGUGGACCUCCAAAUGGUGGUGGAGAUGACUGACGGGUUCUCGGGCUCCGACCUGCAGGAGCUGUGCCGUUGUGCCGCCACGCGCCGCCUCGUGGAGUACAUGGAGCAGCUCUCCGCCAGCCAGUCUUCCUCCUCCGGCGGGCUGCGGCCACUCACCAAGGAGGACUUCGUGCUGGCCCUUGACCUGCACCGCCUCAACGCUGGCAACGCCUCGCCCUUCAACCACUUCUACCUCUGAGCACAGCGGCGGGGGUGGGCACUUUUCAAUACCUGACGCCCUGCUCAAUACCCCCAUAGGCCACACGACUCACCUGCAUCAACCUUCUCAGAUCAGAUCAGAUGUGGUCCCGGGAUAUGCCUUUGCAACGGCUCCCGGAUUUUCUUUUCACUCAAUGUUCUCGUGCUUUAACUUAUUUUCUUCUUCAGUUUC